AAAAUUCACAUACAUCUCAAGCACCACAAACUAUAACUUCUUCUAAGAACUACUACUACAAACACACAAAUAAUGGCUUCAAAGAAGUUAUUCUUCUUAGCCUUGCUUGUUGCACUGCUAAGCAAUACAGGCAAUGCAGCUCGCCAUCUUCUUGAUACUCCGGCUGCUCCGACAACACCUAAUAUUCCAAAUAUACCGACUAUUCCGACUAUACCGACUAUUCCGACUAUUCCGACUAUACCGACUAUUCCAACUAUUCCGACUAUUCCGACUAUACCGACUAUUCCAACUAUUCCGACCACCCAAAUUCCUCCAUUGCCAUCCCUACCAAAGCCUACAAUACCAGGAUUAGUUAUUCCAACAAUGCCAACGGCUACAUUGCCUCCUAUUCCAUCUAUUCCUUUGCCAACCAUGCCUACUAUUCCAAAGAGUCUUCCUCCAUUGCCUUCUUUUCCCAAUGUUAUUCCUAAUAUUCCUACUAUUCCUGGUUUUAAGAUACCACCUUUGCCUUUCUUCUCUCCACCUCCUGCUACUACUAGUCCUUGAAAGGCAAGAGGAGAGAUGAGUUUGUUUGAUUUAUGAAAGAGCGCAUUUAUUGUUUGUUAAUUGUUUGGGUUUAAUUAUUAUUUAAUAUGAUUGUUCUCUUGAUGCUUUACGUUGUAACUUGUUUGGAGUGUUUUAUUUAUUGAAUGUUGUUCGUUCUUGUGGUUGGUUGUAUUAGUUUUUCUAAUCAAGAAUCUCUUGGCUGUUUA